CACAAAAUCUACCUACAUACACAGAUAGAUACAGAGAGAGAGAGAGAGAAUCAGAGAUUGUUAACAAAACACAAAAGAAAGCAUGAAACCCCAUCAACCAAAGCUGAAGACCCAACUCUUCUCCUGCGGCUUCUUCCGCCACUGUGCCCAAACUGUUCUCAGCCCCACCGGCAACACCCUCCACUCACCACCCCUCCCAAGCACUCCUCCACCACCAUCACCGCCGCCACCACCACCACCGCCUCACAACCUUCGCAACUCAUGCGAGUCCUCCACCUCUUCUUCUUCCUCCACAACUUCCCAAAGCUUCACCCAAUGGAGGUUCUCUCUCCCGACAACACCCUCCACCACCACCACCACUACUCCUCCGCCACAACAACCACCACCAACUCCACCACCGCUUCUACUUCCCAACAAUCUCGAAGAACUCUUUCACCUUUCCGAACUUCAACUCACAACCGGCUCCGAAUCCGACCGCGCCGCAGCCAUCCACCUUCUAGAACGUUCUCUCGUCCCAAACCCUCCUCAGGACCAACCACCAUGUCCACCCGCCCUCCUCCGCCACGUCAUCCGCCACCUCACCGCCACCACCAAGAUCCUCUUCGCCCUCUGCCUCUCCCCCUCCAACCGCCGCCUCGCCGUUGAGGCAGGAGCCGUCGCAGCCAUCGUCGAGUCGGCCCCUGACCUCGACGGCGCACCCGCCGAGCGCGCCCUCGCCGCCCUGGAGCUGAUGUGCACGGUGGCGGAGGGCGCGGAGGCGGUGAGGGCUCACGCGCUUGCAGUGCCUGUGAUGGUAACCAUGAUGGGGAGGACGGGUGCUCGCGGGAAGGAGUACGCGAUCGGAGUGCUUGCGGUGGUGUACGGAGGUUCUGCGGCUGCGGAGAGGGAGACGGCUGCUCCGCCUGAGGAAGUGGCGCGUGCAGUGGAGCUUGCGCUUCAGGGAGAGUGCAGCGCGAGAGGAAGAAGAAAAGGAAGCCAGCUUUUGAAGACUCUUCAGCUUCUUUCUGACUCAAAUUAUGAGUCUCCUCACUCUCACAUCAAUAAUGAAGAUCAACCAACUUGA